AUGAAAAUGUGUAUUUAGAUGAAUCAUAUUUACAACCAGAUGAAGAAACCAACUUAAUAUCAGAUAAUGAAUUACUCUUAUAUUCUGAUGAACAAGAUUUAUAUUUAUUAUUAGAUGAUAAUCUCUCUCUAAAUAAUAAAUCUUCAUUAGAAAAUAAAAAUUCUGUAAAUAAUAUACCUUCUUUAAAUAAAGAAUCAUCUAAUAUAUUUGCUUAA